CCGAAGCAGUGGCAAAGGACUUCCUCCAUCAACAAUUUCAUUUGAUGGCAUCUAUGCGAAUAUGAGAAUGGUUCAUAUACUUACAUCAGUUGUUGGAUCCAAAUGUGAAGUACAAGUGAAAAAUGGAGGUGUAUAUGAAGGAGUUUUUAAAACAUAUAGUCCUAAGUGUGAUUUAGUGCUUGAUGCUGCUCAUAAGAAAACCACAGACUCCAGCCCUGGGCCAAAGCGUGAAGAUAUCGUGGAGAGGAUUUUGUUCAAGUGUUCAGACUUUGUUGUGGUACAGUUCAAAGACAUGGAUUCCAAUUAUGCCAGAAGAGUUCCUUCAGAAACAGAUGCUUUUACUGAUUCAGCUAUCAGUGCUAAAGUAAAUGGUGAACACAAAGAGAAGGACCUUGAACCAUGGGAUGGAGGUGAAACUGCCACCAAUGAAGAGUUUGAGGCUUUAGAGACUGAUGUUUCUAAUGGAUGGGAUCCCAAUGAUAUGUUUCGGUAUAAUGAAGAAAAUUAUGGUGUAGUUUCCACCUACGAUAGCAGUUUAUCAUCAUAUACGGUUCCAUUAGAAAGAGAUAACUCAGAAGAGUUUUUAAAACGGGAAGCACGAGCAAACCAAUUAGCAGAAGAAAUUGAAUCAAGUGCUCAGUACAAAGCUCGGGUAGCCCUUGAAAAUGAUGAUAGAAGUGAAGAAGAAAAGUAUACUGCCGUUCAGAGAAAUGCCAGUGAGCGAGAGGGGCACGGCAGCAAUACUAGGGAAAGCAAGUACAUUCCACCUGGACAAAGAACUCGAGAUGUCAUGUCAUGGGGAAGUGGUAGACAAAAUUCACCAAGGAUAGGUCAGCCUGCAUCCGGCCCCACCCCUUCAAGAUCUGGAUCUCAUACUUCAGAGUUUAGCCUGAAUUCUGCAGCAGACCAAAGAGUCGUUAAUGGAGGUGUUCCCUGGCCAUCGCCUUGCCCAUCUCCUUCCUCUCGCCCACCUUCUCGCUACCAGUCAGGUCCCAACUCUCUUCCACCUCGGGCAGCCACCCCUACAAGGCCGCCCUCCAGGCCCCCCUCGAGGCCAUCCAGACCCCCGUCUCACCCCUCUGCUCAUGGUUCUCCAGCUCCUGUCUCUACUAUGCCUAAACGCAUGUCUUCAGAAGGACCACCAAGGAUGUCGCCAAAGGCUCAACGACACCCUCGUGGUCAUCGAGUUUCUACUGGGAGGGGUUCAAUCUCCAGUGGUUUAGAAUUUGUUUCCCACAAUGCACCAGGAGAAGUACCUGCUCCUCCUGUGGUACGGAGUAGCCCCUCAGGAGGAACGUGGUCAUCAGUGGUCAGUGGGGUUCCAAGGUUAUCUCCGAAAACACACAGACCAAGGUCUCCAAGACAAAGCAGCAUUGGAAAUACUCCUCCUGGUCCAGUCCUCUCUUCUCCCCAAGCUGGUACUGUGCCCACAGAAUCUGCUGCUGUGCCUGUGCCAGCUCCGUCUCCAACGCCUGCCAAUCCUGUGUCCAGCCGAGCAGUGACCCCAUCUAGUGAUGCUAAAGAUUCUAGGCUUCAGGAUCAGAGGCAAAAUUCUCCAGCUGGAAACAAAGAAAAUAUAAAGCCGAGUGAGACUUCCCCAAGCUUUGUAAAAGCAGAAAAUAAAGGUAUAUCACCCAUUGUUUCAGAACAUAGAAAACAAAUUGACGAUUUAAAGAAAUUUAAGAAUGAUUUUAGGUUACAACCGAGUUCCACCCCUGACAAUGUGGAUCACCUGCUCAACAAAAAUAGAGAAGGAGAAAAGUCAAGAGAUAUGAUCAAAGACCAACCUGAACCAAGCCCUAAGGAUGUUCUUUUGGAGAACAUGAGUGCCAGCUGCACAAGCAGCAGCAGCAAGCCGAGCAGUCCUUGCGUUUCUCCAUCAGCCAGUGGGAGCUCAGACCAGAAGAGAGGCCCCGAGGUCACUUCCCAAGGUGUGCAGACGGCCAGCCCAGGAAGUAAACAUGACAAGGAGGAUCAAGAAGACAAAAAAGAUGCAGCUGAGCAAGUUAGGAAAUCCACCUUGAACCCCAACGCAAAGGAGUUCAAUCCUCGUUCAUUUGCUCAGCCAAAGCCUUCAACCACUCCCACUUCACCUCGUCCUCAAGCUCAGCCAAGCCCUUCAAUGGUGGGUCAUCAACAGCCAACUCCAGUAUAUACUCAGCCAGUUUGUUUUGCACCAAAUAUGAUGUACCCAGUCCCAGUGAGCCCAGGCGUGCAGCCUCUAUAUCCUAUACCUAUGACGCCUAUGCCAGUGAACCAAGCCAAGACAUAUAGAGCAGUACCAAAUAUGCCACAGCAACGGCAAGAUCAGCACCCCCAGAACACCUUGAUGCACCCCGCCUCGGCUGCAGGCCCUCCCAUCGUGGCCACGCCACCAGCCUACUCAGCACAAUAUGUGGCCUACAGCCCUCAGCAGUUUCCUAAUCAGCCUCUUGUUCAGCAUGUGCCACAUUAUCAAUCUCAGCAUCCUCAUGUCUAUAGCCCUGUAAUACAGGGUAAUACUAGAAUGAUGGCACCGCCAGCCCAUGCCCAGCCUGGUUUAGUAUCCUCUUCAGCAACUCAGUAUGGUGCUCAUGAGCAGACACAUGCGAUGUAUGUUUCUACUGGUUCCCUUGCUCAGCAGUAUGCCCAUCCUAAUGCUACCCUGCACCCACAUACUCCACAUCCUCAGCCUUCUGCCACCCCCACUGGACAACAACAGAACCAACAUUCGGGAAGCCACACUGCUCCCAGCCCUGUGCAGCACCAUCAGCACCAAGCUGCGCAGGCCCUUCAUCUGGCAAACCCCCAGCAGCAGCCAGCCAUUUACCAUGCUGGUCUGGCACCAACCCCACCUUCUAUGACACCGGGCUCAAAUACACAGUCUCCACAAAAUAGUUUCCCAGCAGCACAACAAACAGUCUUUACGAUUCACCCCUCUCAUGUUCAGCCUGCAUAUACCAACCCACCCCACAUGGCCCACGUACCUCAGGCUCAUGUACAGUCAGGAAUGGUUCCUUCUCAUCCAACUGCUCAUGCUCCAAUGAUGCUAAUGACGACACAGCCACCUGGCGGUCCCCAGGCCGCCAUCGCUCAAAGUGCACUACAGCCCAUUCCAGUCUCGACAACAGCGCAUUUCCCUUAUAUGACGCACCCUUCAGUACAAGCCCACCACCAACAGCAGUUGUAAGGCUGCCCUGGAGGAAGCAAAAGGCCAAAUUCCCUCCUCCCUUCUACUGCUUCUACCAACUGGAAGCACAGAAAACUAGAAUUUCAUUUAUUUUAUUUUUUUUAAUUGGUUUCUCGUAACAUCCAAUAGGAAUGCUAACAGUUCACCUUGCAGUGGAAGACAUUUGGACUGAGUAGAGGCAUGUAGGCCCUUGCGGGUAUCCCGUUAAUUCCAUGCAAGUGCCCCAACUCUGCUUGCUGAAAACUGGAAGUUAUUUAUUUUCUAAUGACCCUUCAAAGUCAUGAACUCAUCAGCUAGCAAAAGAAGUAACGAGUGAUUCUUGCUGCUAUUACCGCUAAAAAUCAAGACUUGGAAAGCCCCUUUUACUAAACUUGAAAAAGGUUCAGUAAAUUCUCAUCGUCAAACUGAUGGAUUAUUAUUUAUAAAUCAAGUUUGAUGAGGUGAUCACUGUCAGCAGGCAGUGGUGCAACUUUUAAGUUAAGGAAAAAACACUUUUACUUUGUAGAUAAUAU